AUGAUUCCGUCAAAGUCAAGUCUGUGGAGGCGGGUUGACAUUGAUAGUUGUAGUACGCGAGGGGAAAAGUUUUUUCCCCCACUUCCGUUGACGUGGCCAGGCGCCCACCUGCGCAUGUUCGCCCGCCCGUAUAAAUGUCGGCUGCGCCCCCGUGGAGCAGGGUAAAACCGGUCACACAGCGGGGCGCGCAGAGUACACGUGCGGGCGGUAACCCAACCCGAGCCGCCUCCAAUCUCUGAGUCCUCCCACCUAGUUUAGUUCCUCAGUGUUACAGUAGUCGCGAAGCCAUUCAAUCACCGCAGCCGUAGACUGACAGAAGCGCGACCGUAUAUUAUACUUUAGUACAUCUCCCUUUAUCCCAGCACGCGGUCAGUGGGUCUAUAACAAGGCCAAGGUAAAGUCAGCUCUGUAACCAUCUGGCUAUAACCGUGUAGAAGAAAAGCAGGCCUGUAGAUAUAUAGAGAGAGUGAGAUAGAGAUAUAUAAUGCAGUUUGUAAGCUGGAUGCUCGUGGUGAGUCUUCUGAUGUCGAGGGAUGUCCGCGCCUACCUUGUGGACCACGUCUCACCCAGACUUCCCCAUCGAAGAACGGAGAUCAGUCCGAUCCAGCAGUGUCUACAGUCGGAAGCCGAGGCAGAAAACGUGUGUGAGGUGUUCCUGUGUCUGGAACUGGACGACACCUGUCUGAUCAAGGGCCUGUACGACCUGUGCGUCAGCUUCUUCCGAAACACCAACAACUUCAGUGAAUCGGGCCAGGAAUGGAUCGAGGGUUCCUUCAGCUGCAUUGCCGCGACGCUCCAGCAGAUCGUUGGGCCGGACCUGGAGGACUGUGACCGCCUGGGCAGCCUGGUGCUCACGAUAGAGGAGGAGUGUUUCUCCAACUACGGCAUCUGUCAGAUGGUGCGGUACAACGCCGGUCCGCUAGAGGCGUCGCUGGCGUCUGCUGACAUUAUGACUCAGAAGACCGGUCAGCAGCUUGUCCAGACCGCCAUGCAGUGCGGCCGCACGGUGCGGUUCAUCGUCCACCGGAUCCUGAGAGACAUCCUUGGCGGGAACCCCACCCUCUUCUCCUCCCACGACUUACGGUUACUCAGCCUCAUGAGGGGCCUCGGCAAGUGAACACCAUCAUCACCACAAAACCUAACAAAAAUUGGAAUAUUUUGCGCUGUGUAGAUGCGAGGGACAGACAGAUAUAUAUGGCAAAUUGUGAGAGCUGAAAUAUGAGAGAUAUAGUUACAGACUUAACAUUUGAAUUGCAUUAUUUUACAACUAUCAUUAUCUUUAUUAUCAGACGGAAGAAAAGGUGAAUGGAGCUUGUGACGUCAGCACUGGGGGCGGUACCGACUUCAGAUGAACUAUGACCCAGUCCUGACGUCAAAAGUGGGACAAAAAAUCACGUGACUUGGGUUAGAUAGUUAAAGAGAGAUUCGGUCGAAAAAUCCAGUGAGAGCUAUUUUGAGCUGGAAAGCAUUUUUUUGUUCUCAUUAUAUUUAUACAGAUUAUAAUAAUAUGCGGAAUAUGAAAAUAAAGAUUUUGUUUUCAAAAGUAUUUAUUGAUUAAUAAGGAGUGGUAAAGUAGACUAUAGUUAAGUGCUUUAUACAAUCAAGAAUACAAAAACACCGCAUCAUAUUGUUAUCCUGGAAAUGUAUCAAUGCAAGUCAACUAAUGCAUCAAUGAUAACUAAGCAAAAACAAGUGUCAUAAUGCCUAGCUUCUUUCUCUAGCAUAGUACGCACCACAUUUUUUUUCGUUCAAAAGAUCAAUUUAAAACUGAAUGUGUCCGAGUCAUCGGUAGAACAUUCAGACGAAGUAUUCAUAGAUAUAUUACCCGUACAAAAUGAACAGAUACUUGUGUUGUGUAUAUGGCAUUGUUUGGCCAACAACAACAACAGAAUGAAAAUGUUACAAAGAUACUGGAUAUUGAAAUGCCUCUGAUUCCAACUGCAUUGAAUCUAGAAAUCACUGUGUUCGCGGUAAAUAAUAAUAGUGUUGAUCACAUCGUGUAUUCUUAUACAUAGCUUAAAAAGAUCUAAUAUAAUGUGUACGUAAUGCGUAAAGUUACGGGCGUAUUUUGGAUAAAAUUGCGUAGCAAACUGCAUAUUGUACUCAGCUAAAGAAAACUAAGUGUCAGCCUAUCUACAGUAAUCACAAAGGACCCAGGCCUAGCCGUGAGGUUUCCAUAACAACCAUGCUGUAAACAGAAGAAACCAAUUGGACACAGGAAAUGGGCUAUGGCCCUUCGUAAUUUCAGGAUGGCAACACCAAUGUACCAAAGGACCCGCUGUUGGGAAAAAUAAAGGAGAUACUUGGGAAUUGAAUUUCUGUUGGUACUUUCUUUGUUUUGUUGCAUGCUCUUGGAAACAGGCGCUAGACAGGAUUUUGUUUUAGCGUAUAGUGAAGCGACAAGUUGGGGCGGAAAAGG